AUGUCGGCGUCAGGAUCCGAAGCCCCCAACGCUGGGGCUUCAUCGAGCUCGAAGAAGCAAUUCCCUAACAUUGACCUCGAGGGUCAUAACCUUCCGCCAUCCCCGGCUCCCUCCAGCCCUCACGCUGGCCGCCGGUACAAUAUCGCCACCGAGCUAGUCUUUACCGAGAGCAACGACCAAUACAACGCGAGCAGCGUGCCAAUCUACCAGAGCGCUACCUUUAAGCAGACCUCCGGCGGCGGCGGCGGAGAAUAUGACUACACCCGCUCUGGCAACCCAACCCGCACACACCUCGAGCGACACCUAGCCAAGAUCAUGUCCGCCCAGCGCGCCCUUGUCGUAUCCUCCGGUAUGGCCGCCCUGGACGUGAUCACCCGUCUCCUCCGGCCCGGCGACGAAGUCGUGACCGGCGACGACCUGUACGGUGGCACCAACCGCCUCCUCAAGUACCUUUCGACGAACGGCGGUAUCAUCGUGCACCACGUCGACACAACCGACGUCUCAAAAGUGACAGAAGUCCUCUCCUCCAAGACAACCAUGGUCCUGAUUGAGACCCCAACCAACCCUCUUAUCAAAAUUGUCGAUAUCGGCACCAUCGCCGCCGCCGCCCACGAAGCUAACCCGGCCUGUCUCGUCUCCGUCGACAACACCAUGAUGUCGCCCCUCCUCCUGAACCCCCUCGAUUUAGGCGCCGACAUCGUCUACGAGUCCGGCACAAAGUACCUCUCCGGCCACCAUGACCUCAUGGCCGGUGUUCUCGCCGUCAACGACCUCGCCGUCGGCGAACGCCUCUACUUCCCUAUCAACGCCUCAGGAUGUGGUCUCUCCCCCUUCGACUCGUGGCUCCUCCUCCGCGGCGUCAAGACCUUGAAAGUCCGCAUGGACCAGCAGCAAAGCAACGCGCAGCGCAUUGCCGAGUUCCUCGAGUCCCAUGGCUUCAAGGUCCGCUAUCCUGGUCUACGCUCGCACCCGCAGUACGAGCUUCACAACAGCAUGGCGCGCGGUGCUGGCGCCGUGUUGUCGUUUGAGACUGGCGAUGUGAAUGUCUCCGAGCGUAUUGUCGAGAGUGCUAAGAUCUGGGCUAUCUCGGUUAGCUUUGGCUGUGUUAAUAGUUUGAUCAGCAUGCCGUGCCGGAUGAGCCAUGCUAGUAUUGAUGCGAAGACGAGGGCAGAGCGUCAGUUCCCUGAGGAUUUGAUUCGGUUGUGCGUUGGUAUUGAGGAUGCGGAUGAUCUUAUUGAAGAUUUGCAACGUGCUCUUGUGCAAUCUGGCGCGGUUAAGGUGACGCUGGACGGCUUUGAGGCUAACUCGACGGCUACGACUGCGUAG